GCGGCCGCUGAGAGGCGGAGAGGCCGCGGCGCGGAGAGGUGGAGGCGGCAUGGCGGCCUCUGGGAAGGCUGGGCGUGGAAAGCGGGGGGCUGCGACCCAGACCCCCAAGGCCGACAACGCGACCCCAGAUGAAUCAGAACUUCUCACUGUGCCCGAUGGAUGGAAAGAACCAUGUUUUACCCAAGAAGAUAACCCUAAAGGGCUUCUAGAAGAAAGCAGUUUUGCUACUCUUUUCCCUAAAUACAGAGAAGCUUACUUGAAGGAAUGCUGGCCACUAGUGCAGAAAGCUUUGAGUGAACAUCACAUAAAUGCAGUUUUAGACUUAAUUGAAGGAAGCAUGACUGUCAGCACAACAAAGAAGACCUUUGAUCCAUAUAUCAUCAUCAGAGCCCGUGAUUUAAUAAAACUUUUAGCCAGAAGUGUUCCAUUUGAGCAGUCUGUACGUAUCCUUGAAGAUGACAUUGCAUGUGACAUCAUUAAAAUAGGGUCCUUGGUCCGAAACAGAGAAAGAUUUAUAAAAAGAAGACAGAGGCUUAUUGGUCCAAAUGGAUCUACUCUCAAGGCUCUAGAACUGUUAACCAACUGCUAUAUCAUGGUUCAGGGGAACACUGUUUCAGCUCUUGGACCUUUUAAUGGUUUAAAAGAGGUAAGAUCACCUUGGGAUAGAACAUUUUGCAUGUUCAGUUCAAGCUGUAGAAGUACUUUUCAUUCAUUUUUGUUAAUGUUAUAUGUUAAUAUACUGUAAAAUGUCUAUGCAUUAAAAAAGAAAGAAAAUCCUAUAUGCUAGUCUAUGACCAUAAUAAAGAUUUGAUGUUGAGAGAUGUCCUAAGAAAUCAGUUGUUAUAUUAAAGUUCUGUAUGUUUUAUUAACAGAAGUUUAUUUAACAAGCUAGACUCUAUGGUCAUGCUGUGCAAGACAAAACAUGAUAUAGAUGGAGCAUUGUAUCAGAAUGUCUUGCUGUCAGAAAUAUGUUCACUGCUGAACAAAUCAAGUGUGCAGCUUAAGAAUAGGAUACAAAUUUGAUCUGAUCCAAAUUUUUGCACAUUAGCAGCCCUUUGUAUAGGGGACGCGGUGGCGCAGCGGCUUAAUGACGCUGAAAGUUGC